AUGUUAGAGGACAAAGGCCUGAGGAUGGAGAGGAUGAUGGGCUGGGUGACUCUCGAUUCAUUGGUGGUAGGCGAUCGAGUUCGAUCGAGGCCGGGGUGUCGCUUUUGUGAUCGGUGCUGUGGGUUUGGAGACAGUGGCCUAGGUGACGGCGGCGGUGGUGGUCUUGGCGGCGGUGGUGGUUUAGGUGGUGGUGGAGGAGGAAAAGGAGGAGGCUUUGGCGCUGGAGGCAGUGCUAGUGGCGGCAAUGGAGGGGGUGGAGGUUUUGGAGGUGGAGGUGGUGGCGGUGCUGGCGGUGGAAGUGGUGGUGGUUUUGGUGCUGGUGGAGGUCUUGGAGGAGUUAGUGGUGCAGGAGGAUUUUGUGGUGGCGGCAGCGGUGGUGGUGGAGCUGGACGGGGGCAGGGUAGCGGUUUUGGUGCGGGAGGUGGUGCUGGUAGUGGUGUUGGCGGAGUUGGUGGAGGUGGAGGGUUUGGGGGAGGUGGCGGUGGUGGUGCUGGUGUUGGUGCUGGAGGGGGGCAUGGUAGCGGUUUUGGUGAGGGAGGUGGUGUUGGCAGUGGUGCUGGCAAAGUUGGUGGAGGUGGGGGGUUUGGGGGAGGUGGUGGCGGUGGUGGCGGUGGUGUUGGCGGAGGAGCCGGACAUGGUGGAGGCUUUGGUGCUAGUGGUGGUGUAGGCAGCAGUGCAAGUGGUGCAGUUGGUGGAGGUGGAGGUGGAGGAUUCAGUGGCGGCAGUGAUGGUGGGGCUGGUGGAGUAAAAGGUGGUGGUUUUGGUGGAGGGGGAGGACUAGGUGGUGGUGUUGGUGAAGGUGGAGGACUUGGUGGCGGUGGUGGUGGUGGCAUUGGAGUUGGUGGAGUAUCAGGACAUGGUGGAGGUCAUGGUGCAGGUGGUGGAGUUGUUGGUGGUGGAGGUUUAGGUGGAGCUCAUGGAGGAAGUUUAGGCGGUGAGUUAGGAAAGGGUGCUGGGGUGGGUGGAAUAGGGAUAGGGGUCGGAGUCGGUGUGGGCGUGGGUGGCAGCUCAGGCGGCGGAGCUGGAUCUGGUAGUGGUGCAGGAGGUGAUGGGGGACAUUGA